CGCCCUAACCAGAACACAAUGCCGUGGAGCUGAUUACCCACAUAAAGGUCCAAAUGCUAGCGGCGCUUUCCUGGCACUGUUGGACAAUGUCUUGUUUUUGAAUUGGUUCCUGAUAAGAUUGUCAGACGUUUUUUUUCUGAGGUAUAAGGGUAGAACAGCUGUUGCAUGGACAUUUCAGCCACUUAAGUCACCAGGAUCUCGGCAGCAGAACCAUGGUUCUCCUCUGCACAUUUAGUCUGCCUCUGCUGCUCACCUGCCUGGCAGGAACACUUGCCAGUGAGAGAGAGCAGGGCGGGACAUCGGAGGAAACCACACCAUAUGGGCCGUCCUCUGUGGAGAUCAGUGGGGUGAACACAGUGACGGUGGAGGUUCCCUAUGGCUUCCAGUGUUCAGCCAAUUGCUUCCCAGCCUGCACCUUCACCUGGACCAGAGGAGGGCUCACCACCCAGGGCCCAGAGCUCAACCUCCAGCUGAAGGAGCAGGUUCCUCCACAGGUCCUGAUCUGUAUGGCUAUAAACCCCACCACUGGGAAGUCAGUGACGGUCAGCAAAACAGUCAAAGUGACGGCUGGACCGUCCAAUAUAAAGAUCACAGGUCCUGAUAUACUGUCCAGUGGAGUGACGUCCAACUUUUCCUGCUCUGCUGAUUGCUACCCGUCCUGCUCCUACACCUGGACAAUUAGUUCUGAAGCACAAAGCACAGUGACCACCAAAUACGGUCAAACCAUCUCCGUCACACCUAACCCCUGGGAGAUUGCAGAGGAAUUGAUCUGUGAGGCUCAGGACACUGUCUCACUCCUCUACAUCUCAACCUAUGUUACACCUUAUGUGGCCCGCGGACCGGUGGAUAUUUCGAUCACGGGUGCCAGCUCGGUGACAUUAGGAGACACUUACAACUUUGUGUGCUUUGUUGACUGCACGCCCUCCUGUAACUUUACCUGGACAUUCAAUGGAAAGAUCUUCAAUGGCGACGAUAUCCAGUUGCCCAUCUUCCAUAAGGGCCAUAAGCCCAUGGUUAGCAGUAAACUGGAGGUUACUGUUGAUGAGUACAGGCACAAUGAGGCACUGACAUGUGAGGCCAAGAAUGUUGCCUCAGGGGUCACUGCUGUUAGCACCAAGAUCCUGAGCGUCACUGAUCCUAUCUCUGUACAGCCGGUGUCCCAGGACAAGCCCUUGGCACACCAGCCCUUCUCACUGCAGUGUGUGGGCUCUCAGAAUCCAGCCUCCAUUUUGUGGUUAAAAAAUGGCCUCCCUAUAGCUGUGUCCGGCAGGGUCAGUCUCUCCCCCAACAACAUCACUAUGUCUUUUAGUCCUCUGCUCCAGUCGGAUGGUGGGCUGUACCAAUGCAUCGUUUCUCAGGGGGGAGCAGCCAUCAAAGGGGUUGGGUACCAACUGAAUGUAAAUUAUGGACCACUUCAAGCUGUUAUCAUCCAAUCUGGCAAAGGCCCAGUAGGUAAAGUCUUGUAUCUCCUGCCUGGAUCAAAGACAGCCCUUCAGUGUUCGGCCCUGUGCUACCCCACCUGUACCUACACCUGGAUAUACAAGGGGAGGCUGGCAGAGAUGAAUGCCUCCUUCUCCCUCACACCCGAGACCACCAUGGACGGAGGACCCCUCAGCUGUGUGGCUUACAACUCAGUGACCAAUGACAACAGCACUGCCAAUACCUCAGUUGUGUUAAUUGGUGGACCAUCUAAUGUGACCAUCUCAGGACCAGGUUCCCUAGAGGUAGGGGUCAAGGCCAGCUUUAAGUGUAUUGCCCAGUGCUCUCCCGCUUGCAGCUACACCUGGAGUGUGUAUGGUCGGACCAUGCAUGGCAGUGUGGUUGAUAUAACCGUCAACCGUUACGUGGCCACUGAGUCUUUCAGCUGCGAGGCACACAACACAAUCACCGGGAAGACAGGCACAGCCAAUGAGACACUCAGUGUCACAGAUUCUCACUGGUGUGAAUGUUGAGAAAAGUCAAGAGAAGAAUUCCAUUCAAUGGCGGGCUCCUACUGAAACGUCCUCAAGUCCAGCUUGACGAAGAAAGUCAAACAAUUCUUGUAGAACUAUAACAACAAAAACGUUUGCGGUUAUCAAUAUCUGUUAAUCAUUUUGCAUUAGGGUUAAAUAAUGUAUCACAAACUGUGCCAGAUCAACAACCAAAUCGGUACCUUUCUUCUCGGGGAUGGACAUGAACAUGACAGCCAUGUCGAACCGCCUCACACCGGCCAGAUUCCUGAGGAUCUCCAGUAUGACAGGUGGCUCUUCCUUCCUUCAUUUUGAUAAGGACAAUGUGACAACAGUCACAUUUCUUGUAUGAGCUAUAACAUUCGUAAUAGCAUGGUAUUUUCACAGUACUUACUUGAUGUAGAAGCUUUGUAACGUCCUCAAAAUCUGAUUGAGUAUGUCUGGCUCAAGAGAGCUCUGGAAGAUCUUUGCGUACGCCUGAGGCUGGAUUUGCUAAAACAGAACACAGACACACAACAAAUACAAAUACGUCCUUGGUGGCAUCUACAUGUUUUUCUCAGCAGAAAAGACAAAUCUCAUUGAAUGGUGAUUUGUUUGUGUACAAAUAGGACCCCAAACAAGAGAUCAGGUCUCUGUUGAAGAAUAGAUGAUCACAACAAGACAGGCAUCCAAUAUAGGCUAUAUCUUAUUAGUAGGUAACAUGUCAUUAGCAACCAUUUUGUAUAGGCUAUAAAUAAAAGGUUACAUAAAAAAGACAGUAACACAACC